GCUCAUACAUCUCACUACCACACCCUCUGCUCUUGCACCUCACUACUACAAGCCCAGUCCCGGGAUGCAUGGCCCCGCCCACUUCCCGGGAGCAGCAGCGCCUCCUCCCCACCCUCACCCUGUUCCCAGGUCGGACUCCGAGUGACGUCUGCUCGCGGCCAGUGAUCUUUGUUGGAGCAGCCAGGUGAGAGACGGGAGCGCAGUGAGCUCACACAUACAGCACUGCAGCAGCAUGUUACCCUCCGUGCUGAGAAGGUGGCUGAAUAGACCAAAGAAAUCAGAUCCACGGCUGCUGGCAAAGUUCUUUUACAUUGAUGAAGAGGUGAGCGCAGUUGUGCAUGAGUUACAAUGCCUGGAUGUGCAAAAGGAUCCACAGAAUUAUUUGGUGCUGCUCAGUCAGUUGCACAACAGCCAGGAUCGCAUGCUGUCUCUAUUGGAACAGAUUCUGGAACAGUGUGUACCUAAGAAAAGGAGGCAGAGGGACUACCAUCUUAAAUUCCCUGAUGAUGUUGUGAAUGAUACCAUGACCACUCACCUGUUAUUUGCUGCAGAGCUUAUGGUAGGUGGCACAUAUGUUGAAGUGGAGGAGACAGAUGGCGUUUUACUUCGACCUCUGGCACAAAAGCUACUGCAUAGCCUGGAAGACUUGCGGCGAGUGCUGAGGGAACAAAGCCUCGAGGAUCCCGGCAUAUAUCCAGAAACCGCCCACAAGGCGCUGCUAGAGUAUGAUGACCUUUGUGCGGAGUUUGAGCUAAGGUAUAUGACAUUAGUGGCCAAUGUGAAGACUCCAGAGGAAAUCUAUGAGCAGCAAGAGGUGGCAGUCCUUUUCUGUGAGACUGUUUCCAGAGCCUUGCAGCGAGGAUACCUCACACAGGAAAUGAUUGACGACUGUGAGCCAGAGCUGAUGAUUUCCAUCCCACGCUUGGCAAUUAUCAGUGGUCUGCUCAUUUUUCCUGAUGGACCCCUUAAUCUGGAGAGAAGACCAGAGGAAAUGUGUGAACUCUUCAGUCCAUUUUAUGGCUUGCUGAAAAAAAUACGGGAGCUCCUCCGCAUACUGACAAAGAAUGAGCUAUUUUCCCUGGAGAGAGCACUGUGCUCUGCUUCCUCCGUAGACCCUUCUGUACACCUAUCAUCAUGUCUGCCUAUCUCUACGGAUACCAGUUCCAUGUCCUGUGGUGGACAAACUCUACAUCGCGAGACCUCCGCUCCUAGGGAACAGAGUUCCCAAAGUACAGUUGCUGCAAACUCUAUACAAGAAUGUACUGAUGCUUUUAGUCCUGCAAUAUUUGGCACAGACUUUACUUCUUGUCCACGUGUGCAGGACACCUCUGGGAGCCAGGGAGACAAUGUGCCAGCUAGCUCUGAAGAUGAACACUUUCUAAACCAGGAUGUGAAAUCACAGAAUGAUACAAGGAAACCAACAGAAAUACUCCGGAAUAUGCACACCAGGUACACCAUUAGGCGUUCAAAGUUCCAAGAAGUGCGAUCCCGGUACCGCAGUGAUAAUGAUAUGCUGCAUCGGCUCUUUGUAUGCAUCGCUGGCGUUGCUGACCAACUGCAGACUAACUUUGCAAGUGACUUGCGUGUCAUUCUGAAAACUGUAUUUGAAGCUGUGAGCUCCAGGCAACAAGAGGAAACAGAAAGAGCUGCUGAAAAUUUUCUCCGUUUACCCGAUUGUUUACUUUGUCAGAACCAAGAACAUCAGAUCAAAGCAGUUGAUGUGACCCCAGCAUGGGUACCUGAUAGUGCCAGUUCUCUAUGCAUGAGCUGCUGUGCGCCAUUUACUCUUUUACGAAGGCGGCAUCACUGUCGUAGCUGUGGAAAGAUCUUUUGUUCCAGGUGUUCCAGCUACACAACCUCUGUGCCUCAUGUUCAUAACUCCCAGCCUGUUCGAGUAUGUUCUCAUUGCUUUCAUGUGCACUGCAGUCCUCAAGAUCAAGCUAAAGAGCAGACUGCCAGCCACCUGCCUUGAAAUCACCAGGAAGAAAGUGCAAUAAAGUGGUUGUAAAAGACAUUUCAUUAUUCCCACCACUAUCCUGUCAAAGUGCCAACUCUGCUGGCACCAUGUGACCAGUGACUUUCACAUAGAUCUAUGUGGUGGACCCCAAUUGCUCAUAUAAUGCUGCUACAUCCAGGCUCGGGCACACUAUAGAAAGUGGUUUGUUUAAAAGUGGACAGGCAACAGCCUGUUUCUGGUAGAUCAAACUUAUAAUAGUGUUCUACGUAGGCUGCUCAUUUUUAUAAAAACGUUGAGGCCCCACAGCCUAGCUGGUUUACUUUCAGAAGAGUAAAAUCCUUUUUUACAGACCCGUUAUGGCAGGAUUCUCCAUAGUGGUAUUAUGCUUACAAGUAAACCACUUGGUAAUACUAUGUAGUAACAAGUUUUCAAAAAACUUUUAGAAUUUUUAUAUUUUUUAUUGAAAGAGUGUAUUACGGUAUCUUUUUGGCUGUAGAUGCAUGGCACUUUUGUGCUGUAUGGUGUAUUUCCCCCACCCCAUCCCCAUUAGUAUCAGGAAUAAAUGUAUACAGGAUCCCACACAGAUUUGUUGGGAUGAGACAAAGAAGCAAAGAAUGUUUGCAAAUAUUAAAAAUAUGGUCCUGAAAUGGAUAAUUAUCUGUUAUCUACCAAUCAUCUGAAUUGUAAGGUACCAAGCAACCCAUGUACCCUACACAUUACGCCUGAAUAGGAUGGAACUGGUCCGUUAGCUGUCAGAUUCCUAGGCAUUAAUAGAUCUACAAAUAUGGGAAGAAGGUAGAUACUUCCCAUAGGUGCCACUCCACCAACACGCAUUGGAGUUGCUAAAUACCAAGAAAUUGUUUCUUUUAGAUAUUUGCAUUCUUGCAAUAUAAAUGCAUUUGUUUAUAAAGUUGUUUUACCAGAACUUUGUACUUUUUUAGAAAGGUUAUUGCUCAGGACUAUGGUAGAGAACAGAUAUCAGAGGCUGUGCAGGGCGCGCCAUUUUACUUUUGUUAUUGAAAUAGCAAAUCAAAUAAAACAUUUUAUUAUGCUGAACGGUAA